UAGGUAAAUACGUUCGGAAGUCUAUGGGGCAGGCAGCAUGGAUAAAGAUGACACAGACAAAAAGUAAACGAUAAGCGGCAAAAACACGAAUUGCGUCGUCGAGUCUCGAUUUGUUUAGUUCAUUGUCGAACUUUGUAACGAUCGAACGACUUUUUCGACAAUGAUUAGCAAAAUUCUUCUUUUAACAUUUUUGGCUUCUGGAGCUUUUGCUCACUCAACUCCUGAUUCUUCAACGUAUGUCGCCGGCGCUGUCGAGUACGAGAAAAUUCGUCAUUGGACCGAACCGCAUCGCGAAGCGGAAGAAAAUCUCGCCGAAUACACAAAAAUCAUCCUUGCACCUGAAACGAAAGAUGUCGACAUCCUAGUUUUUCCCGAAUCGUCUUUAAAUAAUCUCGAAAGUGCGGUUUUUGUGCCAGAUCCGCAGUUGAAAGUGAAUCCGUGCGAGUCAAAGGAUUAUUUUGACGUGAUAAUUAAGAAUGUCUCGUGCGCCGCUCGAAAAUCCAAAAAAUAUGUCCUCAUAAAUUUAACGGAAAAGGCAAAUUGUGACCCGAAAAGCGACAAAAAUUGUCCGGAAACGAAAUUAAAGCGUUUCAACACGAAUGUCGUCUUCGACAGAGAAGGAAUUGUCGUCUCGAUGUACCGAAAAGUGAAUCUUUUUGGCGAAACGGGCAUCAGUCGACCCGAAAAACCCGAAAGUAUUCCCUUUGAAACGGAUUUUGGCGUGACUUUCGGGCAAUUUAUCUGCUUUGACUUGAUGUUUGAACUGCCGGCAGUGCAAUUAGUGCGAGACGGAGUGAAAGAUUUCCUUUAUCCAACGAUGUGGUUCUCGGAAUUGCCCUUUUUGACAGCUGUUCAAGCGCAACAAGGAUGGGCCUUUAAGAAUUCUGUCAAUUUUAUCGCUUCAGGAGCCUCAUUUCCGACAGUUGGCAGCACGGGGACAGGAAUUUAUCACGGAAAAUCAGGAGCUUUGACGGCUGUGAUGAAUUUUUUGGGCUCAAAUAAGGUUUACAUCGCGGAAAUCCCGAAGAAACAAUCCACGAAUCACGAAUUUUUGCCGGAAAUCAAGUACUUUGACCCAAUGGACAUGCUAAAGUUGAAACUAAAACGCGAUCAACUCGAUGUUUAUAACACUUCCAUCGUGAAUUUCAGUCAAACGAAUCAAAAUCACGAGAUUUGUAGCGAAAAAUUCUGCUGUAAAUUCGAUUUAGACACGGAAAUUCUCGAAACUUCGCCUGAUUCGCCAUUUUAUAUCUACAGAAUUGCGGCUUAUGACGGGAUACGAACCUUUGAUGGAUUUGCUGAUGGGGCUGUGAAGGUUUGUGGAGUCAUCGCAUGUACUGACGACUCGUUAAAAUCAUGCGGGACAAGACAUCAAGUGCCUGUUCAUGACAAAUUGAAGUUUAAUUCCAUUAAAAUUCGAACUUCUUAUAAAAAAGAUGACAAUAUUUUGUUUAUGCCGAGUACUUUGGAUGCAGCAAUAAUGCCUUUUGAGUCGAAAGAUUAUGGAUAUGAAGAAAAAUCAGGAGAAAAUGGGGAGAUUCAGAUUUUUAUGGAAUUGAAGGAAAGCAAAACGGAUCUUUUGACGUUCGCGAUUUACUCGAGGAAUUUUGAAAAGGAUCCAAAGGAAUGAAAUUUGUGAUAAUUUUGUGCCAGAGAUGCUUUUGUUGAAUAAAUUUAAAUUUUUUUACUGAA